CAAAAAGGAUCCUAGCGCAGCCUGCGUGUAUUGACUGAGUUGGCUGGUGGUAUGUGAGCGAAAAACAGCUUUUUUCCACACUACCUGAUUUUCUGCAUCCAUGGCCGACGCUGCUGCCAAGAACAAGAUCCUGGUGCUGAGCCGCGCCUCCGUGAACACUGCAGGCCUAGUCAACGAGGUUGUGUCGCGGCCGGCGCUCAAUGCCGACCAGAGCGGCACCAUCGCACAGGUUGCAUGGACCAUCAACACAAAGUACUUCACCGCGCCCGUCGAGCUCUGGCUCGACCACACCGAACCACUCCCACCCGCACAUCAGCAGUUCAUGCAGUCCUGGCUAGCCGACCCGUCAAGCGACAGCUCUGAAAUCCCCCUCGAGGAGAGCAUGCGUGAGCUGCACAUGCACCUGGGCGAGGUCACUGAUGGCGUGGUGUUUGUGUUCGACCCAGCCCAGCCGCAGACAUUCCUCGAUAUUCUGCCGUGGGCCGGGUUCGCUAAACACCAGAUGCCCAGUAUUCUGCUGUGCGUGGCCGUCCGUCGGCCCGGCUGCGAGGACGACAAGGACCGGUGGUUCCGGUGGUGCACUGCCAAUGGCUGGGAGUGGGUGGAUCUGGUCGACGACCCAGUCACCCGUGUCCGCGAGGCACUCGAGACCAACGAGUGGGCCACCAUGCAGAUGAAAAGCACGCGCGCAGCCGACCCCACACCUGUUGACGAAGCCGAGCCGGCAGUCGCUGGCGGCCCACGGCCGGAGGACGAGCGGGCAGGCGGCGAGUGGGACCAGUUUGAGCGCAUUGCCAGCCAGGUCGAUACACGGCGCGUGGCAGACCUGAGCAGAGAGUUCUUUGCCGAUGGUAUGCAGGAUGGCGAUGAAAUGGCAGCCAUGCUGGCCAGGAUACGCGAGGCAAAGGACGAGAUUGCACAGAUAAGCGAUCCGGAGCAGGCGCGGCUGAGGGCGGCAGAGCUCGCACUGGCCAUUGCCAGGGAAACAUAGACCAUCUUGGGACCUUUAAAUACAUGAGGCGAG